CGGAGGCGGGGGGAGCUUCUCGGACGCCUGGGUCCUUUCCGCUCUUAUCCCACGCCACGCCCCCUCCUUCCCCGGACGCCUGGGUCCUCUGGUGGGUGGGGUGGGGGCUCCUCGGAUACCUGGGUUCCCCUCCCGUCCUCACCCAGCAGCCGUUCUUGUGAAAAACUCCUUUCUAAGGCCCUUGCUGGCUAUUUUGAAGUCUCUUUCUCUAUUUAUUUCAUAAAAUGUAUACACCGCUUGAGUGUAAAACAACAACCCUCAAAUCGGAUUACAGAAAGAUAAAUAAAUCAAGAAAAAUAUACAAUGGUACUUUAAAACAUACGAAAAGUCAAAAUAUUAAAACAGAUUAUAAGUAUCUGGGUGGAUUUAUCUAAAAAAUGUAUUUCACAUUUUAACAAAUGUGUUUUUAAAGAAAGGGUUUUUUGUUUUUUAGCUUUUGGUUUUGAUUACCUUCAUUAUGUGUUAUUGCUGUUUCAUCUUUGUGAAGUUUACUUUGUGUGUUUAAAUAUUUCCCUGGGGGAGGUUGAGGACUUAGGCUGCAAAAAUGGAGGCGAGGCUCUUCUGGUGGUGGCCCCUUGGAGGCUCCCACUCGUGUGGUUGUUCCUUCAUCAGUAGAGUGCAAAAUUCCUUUUGCACUUGUUGAGAACCAGGGCCCAGGAAAUCUACGAAUGCCAUAAUAAACUUUGUUCGGUGUUUAAGCUGGAGCUGCAAAAAUCUUGCCUUGAUUUCCGCUGCAACUUUGGCUACUUUUGAGCAAGUCCUAGUUGGAGAGAGAAGGUCACACAUAGAGAAAGCAAACAAGACGUCUUGUUGUUGUCCCUGGCUAAGAGUCUUCCUUUUUCUCUCCCAGGCUCCUCCUCACAUGCCUCUGGAAGAGAGCCCAGCUCACCUCAGGGGGAUUUGCUCCCAGCUCAGUGCGCACAGGAUUGCAGCCUGGGUCCUUCCUGGGGGAGUAUUCUCAGUAUAGGGCUACGAGCCAUGAUGUUUCAGCAGCCUAUUUUUAAAAUGACUUGUUGCAGAUGAAGCUGAAGCAAAAUAGGCUCUGCCCUUGGGCAGCGUACAACUUCCUGUCUCUGCUUUAAUUGUGUUGUUCCUCCAUACCUCUUUCUUGGGCUUGGACUAGAUGACCCUUGGCCUCCCUUCCAAUUCUAUGAUUCUGUUGCUGAAGUAACCUUAACACACCGUCACUCUUUUUACACCAGUUAUCCAAUGAUGAUUUAGGUUUCUUUUCAGCCUUGACCCUCUCCAUGGCAGGCCAAAAAAGACUGACACCCAGAUCCAAAAUCAGAUGGGAGCAAUGCUUCUGAAUCCCAGUUGCUGGAAACCACAGGAGGGAAGCGGGCUCUUGUGCUCGGAUCCUGCUUGCUGGUUUCCCACACAACUGGUGGGCAUCCCAUGAAGCUGCAUGUUGGAAGAUUCAGGACAGAUGAAAGGAAGCCCUUAUUCACACAGCAUGUACGGUAGUUAAGCUAUAGAACUGGCUCCCGCAGGAGGCAGUAAGGACUACCAACUUGGAUGGCUUUGAAAGAGAUACAAAUUCACAAGAGCAGGUAUUUAUGGCUACUGGCUGUGAUGGGCAUGCUGUGCCUCCCGAAUAAGAGCUGCUGGGAACUGCAGGAGUGGGGGGGUCCUACUUGUGGAGUUCCCACAAUAAGCAUCUGGUUGGCCACUCUGAGAACAGAGUGCUGGUUAGCCCCCUCCCUUGGCCUGAUCCAGCAGCCAGGCUCUCCUUAUGUUCUUAGGGAACUUCCAGUUCCAGAGGCAGUCUAUCUUGGUUCCUAGAUUCUUAGGACUAUUUGGCCACUGUGAGAACAGGAGGCUGGACUAAAUGGGUCAUUGGCCUGAUCCAGAAGGCUCUUUGAGUGCUCUUGUCCUCUGUAAACUUGCCCCAGCCUCUGUGCAGAUGCAGUAUUUAAGGAAGGGACGCAGCUUUGUGGCAGAGCAUCUGAGAGUCUGGGGUUCAGUUCCUGCUGGCGUCUCCAGGUGGGGCUCUGAAAGCAGCCUUGGAAGGAGCCACUGCUGCCAGCUAGUGUAGACAGUCCUGAUCUGGAUGAACCAGUGGUCUGACUCAGUAUAAGUCAGCUUCCUUAUUUCUUGGGGUGCAGCUGGGGUGUCACUUGCCGGCCCUGAUCCUGUUGCUUUAGGGUGCUGACUGAGCAAACAGGAUGCAGCCUGGCUGGGAGGGGGAGGAUUGUCCUGGGAGUCUUGCUCCCCUGCUUGCUCAGUCUGUCUCGACUUGAGCAAGAACUGAAGCUGACUGCACUGGAUUGCUGCAGCUGAUCGAAGUUCUGAGAAAAUUACUGCACCCUGCUCCUUUAAAAAAAAUAGGGCAGCCCAAGGCACGUUUCCUAGAAUUGUAGAAGAAGUCCGAAGGGACCUUAAGAGUCAUCUAGUCCAACCCAAUGCAGAAAUUGCGGAUGAAGAUUCAUCUGGCAAGUGGCCACCCAGCAAGCGGUCGUGCAAUGAAAAGCAACCACAGGCCCCCCUACCUGUGCCUCCAUCGCACAGCUGUGCUGAGAGCUUGUUCCAGGGAUAGAGGGAGGUACUGCUGGCACUUCAGAGGCUCACACCGCAGCCACAGUCUCUGCGUGCCAUGCUAGUCACGCUUGUGGGAGCCUGUGGUGGCACCUGGGCUUUUCCCGGGUGCAGCUGAAAGUGCCGAGAGAACCUGUUUGGCUGGAUGCCGGCCGGGGUAGGCCAAGGAGGGAAGGAGCGGAGGGGAAGUCAGUCCGUGGGCUGUGGAAGCUCCACAAACCUGCCCAAGAAAGCUGUUUCUGCACCCAGCAGCUGAGAGGCUCCUGCUCUCUGCAUUCCUAUUUAAAUGGACCACUUAUUCAGAAUCACGAGGACUGGAAUCUUGCUUUAUUUUAAAGGAGAGGACUAUAGCUGAGUGCAGUGUUAGAAAUUAGCCAGGUGCAUUUUGUCACGGGUCCAAUGGCAGGCAAUCCUGUGGAGAUCUCUGGAUGCCAGGCUGGCGACUGGGGAAAGCAAAAUGUCACUUAGAGAAGGAUCUGAAAUACUUUCCUUGAAGGUGGAAUUUGUCUUUAUUCUGGAUUGCUUUAUUUGAUGUUUUAAUGUGCUGUAAACCGCGUUGAGGUUUGUUCUUCAAAAUAUAAAGGGGUAUAGAAAUAACAACAACAAAUUUCCUUGGGGGGAAAGGCACAAGACAUUCCAUUCUGGCGACCGUAACCCAGGUUUAAGGUGCCAUUUGGUGAUUAAAUUAUAUGUUUGAGUUUCUAAUGCUGGCUGAGUGGUAGGGCACCUGCUUGGCAUGCAGAAGGUCCCGGGGUCAGCCCCCAGCAGCCUCUCCAGGCAGGGCUGAUUCCUGGUCUGAAACCUUGGAGAGCUGCUGCCAGUCAGGGUAGACGAUACUGAGGUUGGUGAUCCAAGGGCAGCUUUGUAUGUCCUCGGGUGGAUGGGGACAUAGGAGGCGGCCUCCUAUUGAGCCAGGCCAUUGGUCCAUCUAACUUAGGAUUGUCUGCCCUGACUGGCAGCAGCGGCUCUCCAGGGUUUCAGACCAGGAAUCAGCCCCCCAUGGAGACGCCGUUUGGGACUGAAGCUGCCUGGCUGCCUAUGACCUUUUCUCCCAAUUGGAGGGUGGGUGGAGUUCAGAUGUGGAGCGGAUGCCUGGCUCCCCUGUACAGUCCUUGGGUUUUCCCAGAGUGAGAUAGCCUGGCCGAGAGUGCUAAGCUGUGCUGUUCAAGGCCAGGAGAGCUCCUCACACGUUUCCUUUGAGGCCUGCUUUGAACCAGGCUGUGAACAUGUAGAGAAGUCCUUUGCACUUUGAAUGUAAGAGCCUGGCUGCUGCUGGAUCAGGCCGGGGGGGGGGGGCGCUCUAGUCCAGCCUCCUGUUCUCACAGUUCCCGACCAGAUGCCCACUAUGGGAAAUCUGCAAGCAGGGUCCAAGUGCAAGAGCAACUGGGAUUCAGGAGCAUGGCUGCCUCUCCACUAUGGAGGCAGAGCAAGGGCAUGGUGACUAGCAACCCUCGAUAGCCCUCUCCUCCAAUCUUCCAGGUUGGUGGCCCUGGCUGCCUCCUACAGGAGGGAGUUCCACAGUUUUCUCUGUCCUUUAUCCUCCAACAUUCAGCUUCAUUGGGUGCCCACCAGUUCUGGUGUCAUGAGAGCGGAAGAAAACCUUUUCUCCAGGCAUAGGGCCGAGUUUGCCUUUGCCUGCUUUUCUCUCUCUGCUUUCUUCAGGCCGUGCAUAAUCUUAUAAACUUACACCAUGUUGCCUGUCCUGUUGGAUUUGUUUUAGAUCAUUCAUGAGUGGAGCGUGGAAGUCGGACAGGGUGUUGCGUCUGGUUGAAAGGCUUUAAGGAACAAGGCUUUAAAGUGCUGAAGUUGAAAAGCUUUAAGGAACAAACAAGUCCCUGUCUUGCAUUUGCGUUGGCUUUGUUGUGGGGCAGGAUCAGACCCUGAAAUCUGCCGUCCCGAAGCUUUUCCUUUGUGAAACGCCUUGCCGACUCCCCUGUGUGCUGCUUCCAGUGUGGGGCAGCGUCUUUUGCCCACGGAGGAGCUUCUCUGCCCUUGAGCAGGAGCCUGAGGCCAGCCAGGUGGGGCAGCCCUUCACACCCAGCUUUGCCUGGGAGAUCAAAGGCCCAGCACAGCCUCUGUGCGCCUCAGAAGUGGCUCUCUGAGUUCAUGGUUUCUUGCUUGUUCAGGGUAAUCUGGAAAGUUGUCCUGGGAAGAAGAGUUUUUCCCAGGCUCCCUCCCCGAGACUCUCGUCUGGGAUGCGGCUUGGCUUUUCUUGCUAAGUGUUACAUGUGGACUCCUGGCAGCCCUCCCAUUCAUAGAAUCAUAGACUUGUAGUGUUGGAAGGGGUCCCAUGGGUCAUCUAGUCCAACCUCUGCAUUUGCUCACCUGGAAUCUCAGGAAGCUCCCUUAGACCAAAUCAUCUUACACUGGCUGGCAGCAGUGGCUCUCCAGAGUUUCAGAAGCAGGGCGCUCCCAGCCCUAUUGCCUGAAGCCUUCCUCAUGCCAAGCAGGUGCUCUGCCCAUUGAGCUGUGGUUCCCCUUCCCCCAAUCUCAGCCAGGCAGGUCAGGAUAAAUGAAUACCGUAGGCUUGCAGCCCCAUUCACAUAUUUAUUUAAGAGAUUUCUUACCCGCCCUUCACUGCAAGGUCCCAGGACGGGUUGCAGUGACAUAAUCAUUCCACUAAAAACAAGAGAGGUAGGGCAGUUCGUGGAAAGAAAUGCAAGGACUCUGAGCAAAAACAACAAAGAAGGAGGGCUGAGCCCCACACAGAAGUGAUGUCUGAGGGCAGGGUGCACAGGCAUGUCUGCCACCCAUGGCGGGACCUGACUCAGGGUGGUGCCAGAUGCACCUCUGUGGGGUGAGAGGGUCACUGCUUAGGGGCAGCAACAGAGAAGGCCCCCCGACCAUCAUUCCCUCCACUCCUGCAGCUGAUCGGAUGACCAAGAGGGUCCCCCAACUUACUUGCCCAGAUAUCUGCCCUCCGGCAGGACCAUGCCCCUGUUGCUUGGCACAAAAGCUGCUUCCGUCUUCCACCAUGCAAAAGGGCAAGAGGGGCUCAGCAUCUGAGUACCCUAGAAACCUAAAAAGAGCCUUCUGGAUCAGGCCACUGGCCUAUCUAUUCCAGCAUCCUGUUCUCACAGUGGCUGAACAGUUCCACAAGCAGGAUUUGAGAACAAGACCCCUCUCCCCGUUUGUAGUUUCCAGCAACUGGUGCUCAGAAGCCUUGCUGCCUCCAGCAAUAGAGGCAGACCAUCCAUAGCCAUUGUGGCUAGUAGCCCCUGAGCCUGAAACCCUGGAGAGCUGCUGCUAGCCAGGGCGGACAAUACCCAGCUGAAUGGACCAGUGGUCUGACUGGGUAACAGAAGGCAGCUUCCUCUGUGCUGGAUGAUACCCAGCCCCUGCUUCUGUCAGCUGAGUUGAUGUUUAGCAUUCUUUCAGCAAUGGAACAGCCUACCUCGGAAGAGGGUGGGCUCUCCUCUUUUGGAGGCUUUUAAAAUCAAGAUUAAUCAGGGAUCCUUUAGCUGCGGUUCCUGCAGUGCAGUGGGGGUUGGACUAGAUGGCCCUUGGGGUGCCUCCCAGCUGUACAGCUCUAUGCUUCCAUCAGGGCUGGACAGCAUCUGUGGCCCUCCAGGACUUGUUGGGCCGACACUGUCAUGGCUGAGCCUGGCUGCUAAGAGUUGGGAGUCCAGCAACCCCUCAGAGGGCUUUGCAGAAUCAGGCUCUUCUCCUCUUGCAACCUGUGGCUGCUUGGCUCCUCUUGGGCAAGGCCUUCACAAGGGAGUUAUUCUGCUGACUCUGUGCUGCCAAAACAGCUGAGGGAAGCAGGGCACCCACAGACCUUCCUCCAGCUGUUUUGAGGAGCUUUGUGCACAUGAACUCUUUUAGAAGACAAGGCAUUUCUAAAAUCCAUUGCCUGUGUGUGCUUCCAAGGGGGCAGGCCCUUCGGUGCCCCCCUCCUGCGCGUUCUUUGCGGAGGAUCAUUGCCAGUGCCUGGUGGAAGGGGAAGCCUGGGGGGUUUGUGCCCAGUGUGGAUGUCUUCUAAAUCCUCUGUGUCUCCAGUCAGCCCCUCCCUGGAGAUCAAGCAAGAGGUCUUGGCAAAGGCGUCUUGCUCAACUGGUGGGCCUCUCCAGGGCUGGGGUCAGGAUGAGACCUGGAGAGGUGGCCAGCUGUCAGGAAGGGCCAUAGCUCAAUGGAAGAGCAUCUGCCUCGCAAGCGGAAGGUCCCAGGUUCGAUCCCCAAGGGCGCAUGCAGUUAGGGCUGAGAGAGAAGACUCCUGCUUGAAAUCCUGGUGAGCUGCUGCUGCUAAUCAGUGCAAGCUAUACUGAGCUACAGGGUGGAUAAAAAUGAUUUUUUAAAAGUUAAAUUGGGUUAUUUUUAUAUAUAUCAGAUUUUUUUAAAAUUUAAAUUGGAUUUUUAAAACAAAAUGCUUUUGGAGGGAAAAUCUGAGAGCCAGUGUGGUGUAGUGGUAGACUCGUAAUCUGGGGAAAUGGGUUCGUGUCUCCGCUUCUCCACAUGCAGCUGCUGGGUGACCUUGGGCUAGCCACACUUCUUUGAAGUCUCUUACCCCACUCACCUCACAGAGGGUUUGUUGUGGGGGAGGAAGGGAAAGGAGAAUGUUAGCCGCUUUGAGACUCCUUCGGGUAGUGAUAAAGCGGGAUACCAAAUCCAAACUCUUCUUUCUAAAGAUAGUUUUCUAUUCAAGUUACAUUAUAGUCCCAAGGCUAUCCCAGGAAAUGAGGAUUUGUUUUAAGUUUUUCAUGUGUGCUAAACUCAGUCUUAAGUUGUGUGUUUUUUUAAUAAAAAAAUUGUUUAACCACAUCAGUUAACAAACAUGGAUACAUAUGCUAUAAUGUUAUUGUUAAGUAGUUAAAUAAAUUGUUUAAAUUGUUAUUAGGGAAAUGAUUAUUUUUCUACUUCCAAUAAAGUACAGCAGAAAAGUUGUCCAAAUAUAAACAGUUAACUUAUUAAACCUCAAAUUAUUUCAUAAUUAUCUGUCAAAGUAUUUCUAAUAGUAUAACCAAAUCAGUAAUUUUUGUAUAACUGUAAAAACUACUCUAAAAAUUAUUAUUCAAAAAAUGAAACCUUCCUCUGGUUGUAAAUAUUAAGAUUAUACCAGCAAGAAUGAGUCUUUCUGGAAAAAUAAUAAUGAUUUAAAUCAAGUCUUACUGACUAGUGAUUUAAAUCGUGAUUUAAAUCAAUUUGAUUUAAAUCAGAUCCACCCUGCUGAGCUAGAUGGGCCAGUUGGUCAGUAGAAGGUAGCAUCCUCUGUUCCUAGGUGGACCAAUCGGCCUGACUCUGCCUGAGGAAGAUGCCCGUGUUCCCAAUUGAGGACUAGAAUCUUACUUUAUUUCAAGGGGAAGAGAGUGACAGGCGGCCCUGGCCAAAGUGUGCAACAGGCGGGUGGGGCCAGGCUGCUUUGUUAGCAAGUGGCAAUUAAGGCCUUAAAGGAGGGUUUGGUGCGCUGGGUUGCGCAGUGGACGGAGAGGAAAGUAGGGCAGGGGAAUCUUGCUUGGUCUGGGCUUUUUUGUGUGUGCCACUGCCACAGCUCCCGUCGCUUCUUCCCACCCCAUGCCCUCCGGGGCUCGGGAGGCAUUCACGCUCACCCUGUGAGGCGGGCCAGGUAAUCAGCACCUUUGGGAUCUGACGCACACGCACCCAGCCCCGCCACGCCCUCCUGCCGGCUUCCUCCAACCGGUCUGUCCGCAUCGGGAAGAGAGAGGAGGAGGAGGCACUCUUAAUUGGGAAGCUGCAGCAGCAGGGCAUUGGGUGCCCCACCUGCCUGACAGGUGUCUGGGGGAAGAAGGCCAGCCGAGACUCUCUGGGAGCGAGCCCAGCGAUUAAAGGGGCCGCUUCUCCUUUUUAUUGUCCUUUUCCCUUCCCUUUUUCAGCUGCUUAUGCUCUUUGAUCUUUUGGUAGCCAGCAUCCUGGGGUUUUUCCUAAGAGCUGCAGAGAGCAUUUGCCUGCUUUUGUUUUCCUGAAUGACCCCAAGGUCCUCUCUCUAGGGCAAGGGCUCUCUCUGGGCUUGGACUUGACGCUGCGGGACGUUGACCGCUGAGAUGGUGAAGGAAACCGGGUACUACGAUGUGCUGGGAGUCAAGCCCUGCGCCACGAUGGAGGAGAUCAAGCGCGCUUACCGGCGCCUGGCGCUGAGGUACCACCCAGACAAGAACCCCAGUGAGGGGGACAGGUUCAAGCAGAUUUCCCAGGCCUAUGAGGUGCUGUCAGACCCCCACAAGAGGUCGAUGUACGACCGUGGCGGGGAGCGGGCCAUGAAGGAAGGCGGCAGGGGCGGCUUUGGACCCCCCAUGGACAUCUUUGACCUGUUUUUUGGAGGCGGGGCCCGCACCCACGGUCCCCGUGUGGAGAGGAGAGGGAAGACGGCUGUCCACCAGCUGUCGGUGACCUUGGAGGACCUGUACAAUGGUGCCACGCGGAAACUCUCCCUGCAGAAGUCUGUCAUCUGCAAGAGCUGCAACGGCCGUGGAAGCCGGGAAGGGCUGGACACGAGGUGCCCCAAGUGCCAUGGCUCUGGCGUGGAGGUCAUCGUCCACCAGCUGGGGCCCAACAUGGUCCACCACAUCCAGACGAUGUGCUCGCAGUGCAAGGGCCAGGGGGAGUGGCUGAGGGCGCUGGACCGCUGCCUGGCCUGCAACGGCAGGAAGGUCAUCCGAGAAAAGAAGAUCCUCAACGUCCACCUGGACAAAGGGAUGGCCGACCGGCAGAAGAUCACCUUCCACCAGGAAGGCGACCAGAUGCCCGGCUUUGAGCCUGGCGACGUCGUCAUCAUCCUGGACCAGAAGAUGCACCCCAUCUUCCAGCGCCAGGGCAGUGACCUCAUCAUCAAGAGGGAGGUGAGCCUGGUGGACGCUCUGUGUGGCUGUCGGCAGAUCAUCCACACCCUGGACAACAGGAAGCUGCUGGUCUCCUCACGGCCAGGGACCAUCAUUAAGCCUGGGGAGGCUAAGUGCAUCCCCAAUGAAGGGAUGCCCAUCUACCGAAAUCCAACGCAGAGGGGGAAGCUGAUCAUUCAGUUCCAGGUGAAGUUCCCGGAUCCCGGCUGGCUGCCUCCUCACCAGCUGCGCCAGCUGCAGUCCUUCUUCCCUCCCCGCGAAGAGGUGAUGGCCACCGAAGACACAGAGGAGGUGGAGCUGCGGGAGCUCUACACACAGCCCCACUUCCAGGAGAGGGGCUUCCACCACGAGGACGACUUCGAGGACCCCAUGCGCCACAACGUCCAAUGCCAUACGUCAUAGCGCUGCAGACUGAGCCCCAUGGGGCCUUCUGGCCGGGGGGUGGGGGCGCUGGGGGCUGGCGAGAGGCCUGGAGGAGCCAACGUCACUCUGCCUGCCGGCUAGGGACAGCACAGCCCCACUCCCAACCCUCCUUUUGCCCUGCUGGAUGUGCCUUCAGCCUGAGUUGAGGGGGGGGGCAAGGGCACCUCCCUGGCCUCUUCUGCCAUGGAAUUCGCCAUCAUUCCUGACCCCGUUGCCUUGUUUCCCCCAUUCUGGAAGGGGCAAAGUCUGGACAGUUUUUCAAAGUGGUUGAUGAGCCCCAGAGCACUCCAGCAGCCCAUAGGGGGUGUGGGGUGGUAGAGUAACCUGGGGGUGGCGGUCUUUCCUGGGAUGCUGGGCUAGGAGGCCAGAAAUACCUCCUGUUUUUCCCCAAUUAGUGCGGCCACAUAGCUCCCUCCCUUCCCGGGCACCUGAAAUUCAGAAUCCCGGCUGACUCUUCUUCUUUUGGUGCUUGGCCUUGGUGUGUAGAAUGAAGGGCGUCUGCAGUGGGGGGUGGGGGUGGAGUGGGUAGCAGGCCUUGUGGGUCUCCUUUGCUUUCUGAACCUGUUUGGAGACACCAUUUGCACCCUUCUCUGGGGAUUUGGCGCUCCCAUUUUCAUCGCAGGGCUGGGCUUCCCUGAAGGUGGCGGGGUCCCACUCUGGCCAUUUCUGGGCCCUCGAAACAGUCAUGCCCUCCUCCUUCCACCUGCUGCCGUCCUGCAGAGGGUUGGUACCUCCCUGCCCCGUCACCAAACAGAAGCAGGAGAGGGUCAGUUUGGCAGUGGCCAAGCCCCACAUCCCCCCUGGGCUGGGACUCCUUACUGAGGGUGCUCCAGCCCCCAAACCUUGCCCCCCCCCCACUGGCUCCUGGACUGGCUGGAGCGGACCCCCCCCCCUUUUGGGGAGAAGUGACUAUUCCCUGUGGGAUAAUUUUGUGGGUUUCCUUACUCCGAAUAACGUGUGUGUAAUUUCAAGCACCCGAAAGGUCUCACGGUGACAGCUCAUCCUUGCCACUGUCCUGAGAGGCAAGAGACUCCAUUUUACAGGCGGGUAACUGAGGCCGGUGAGAAAAGGCUCAUGGGAAGGUCUCUGCAGAAGGAUUAGGCUGUAUGUAUGUAUGUGAGGGGAAAGGCGGAUUUGGGGGUCUGUGCCCCCAUGUUUGUAAGAGGCUGGGGGCAAGGGGGUGGGGAUCAUGCAGGGCUUCUGGACUAUCUCGCUGAAUGGUGAACGAUAGAGCGUAGAUUGGGUACUGAGGGUCUAAAUCCGUAGGCAAGCAGCUCAUCAGGAAAUUGGAACUACCUGAAAACAAGUUAGGUCUGUAACUCGGUCUUUCUUUCUGUGUCCUGUUGUAGAAUAAAGAGGCAAGAUUGA